UUUGUUUUCAUCUUUUACAGGUUUGGCUAAUGCAGAAACAAGCGUACCAGUUUAUAGAAUCUUCCAAACUGAAAAAGUUGUGCUUGGAAGAAACACCACCCUCCACAUUGAUUUCCCAAAUAUGGAAAGACCAGUGGAGUGGAAAUGUAAAAAUUAUACAUACGAAUGCGACAAGACGUGCACUAGCACCACUGAAUUUCAAGUGACCCAGAGUGGGAAUGAUUCCACUCUUUGGAUUCGAGACGUUACGAAUGAAUGUUUGUCUUGGACAUUUUAUGACAACAACAACAACUUUGGAAAAUUUGAUUUGAAGACAAAUGCUUUCACCAAAGCAGAAACUUAUGAAAUUACCCAAAAUGGUAAAUGGAUUUACAAACCUUUUCCUCCUUUCAAACUAAAUACUGUCUUUUCAAAUUUCUCUUCUAUUUCUAUCUCUUAACUCUGAGCUUUUAGU